AUGAUAUGUACCAAACGUAAAAGUGAACCUACAAUUUAUAUACAUAUGAUCCAUCGCUGCACUUGGGCAUUCUCUCAUUACUUAGAGGACAGGAUUAUAGACUUAUUGUGCACGAGUGUAUGCGCAAGCACGGGUGCACUCUAUUCCCUCACUCUCAUAGUCCGUUGGAACGGUAAACCGACACCACCGGAAAGAGAUCAGGCGCAGGACCAACGUGCUUUCCGAGGCACGAGAGUUAAACGACGACGAAAUACGAACAACGACGACAACAAAACUUCCUAA